UUAAGCCUUUGAAAACACCCUUCUUAUUCAUUCUUUGUCUCUCUCUCAUCUCACUAAACACAAAUAGAAAAACGUUGCUGUCUGUGUUUGUUUCCUUUGCCUUUUGAAUAGCAAGCUCUGAUUUUGAGCCGGCAUUCGAUUAUUUACCGCAAACCCGGAUAGUGUGCUAGUGUUAGUUUGAUCCUUGGCCAUGAAACGAGGGUACUCAGAAUCCCCAUCCACCUCUCUUGGGCCACCUCAAUCCAGGUUAAAGCCCAACCCAGAAGGUGAUUCACAAUUCUUGGAAGAUGAAAGCACAAAAAUUUUUGCACGUAAAGUGGCAGAUCAUUACAGUGCAAGGACGAAUCAAACGCUGGAAGAACGAGAAGCCAGUCCAAUCAUCCAUUUAAAAAAGCUUAACAAUUGGAUUAAGAGUGUCUUAAUUCAACUCUAUGCUCGCAGAGGAGAUGCUGUACUUGAUCUUGCAUGUGGCAAGGGGGGUGAUCUCAUCAAAUGGGACAAGGCCAAAAUUGGAUAUUAUGUUGGCAUCGAUAUCGCUGAAGGCUCAAUAGAAGAUUGUCGUACCCGUUACAAUGGCGAUGCUGACCAUCAUCAACGCCGUAAAAAAUUUACAUUUCCCGCCCACCUUAUAUGUGGAGAUUGUUUUGAGGUUCGCCUGGAUAAAGUCCUGGCUGAUGAUGCCCCCUUUGAUAUUUGCAGUUGCCAGUUUGCCUUGCAUUAUUCCUGGUCUACUGAAGCACGUGCACGACGAGCCUUGGCUAAUGUCUCGGCUUUACUUCGUCCUGGCGGUACUUUCAUUGGAACAAUGCCUGAUGCCAAUGUGAUCAUCAAAAAGCUUAGAGAAGCUGAAGGAUUGGUCUUUGGUAAUAGUGUCUACUGGAUACGAUUUGAUGAAGAAUUUUCUGAAAAGAAAUUCAAGUCUUCAAGCCCCUUUGGUAUCCAGUACAAGUUUCACCUGGAGGAUGCUGUUGAUUGUCCUGAAUGGAUUGUCCCCUUUCAUGUCUUCAAAUCCCUGGUAGAAGAGUAUGAUAUGGAGCUAGUUUUUGUGAAGAACUCACAUGAAUUUGUGCACGAGUAUAUGAAAAAACCAGAAUAUGUGGAGCUAAUGCGGAGGCUUGGUGCAUUAGGUGAUGGUAACCAGGAUCAGAGCACGCUAUCACAAGAUGAAUGGGAAGUAGCGUAUUUGUAUUUGGCAUUUGUCUUGAGGAAGCGAGGCCAACCUGAUCGGGCACAAGUAAACGGUAGAAGAGACAAGGGGAAGAUGCAUAUAUCAAAAGAGGACAUAAUGUACGUCAGCAAUGAUUAAUGGAAAAACAAUAAUGUCUGAAAUAUCCAUUUUCAUAGCAGAAAAAGAACAAUGAUUUUGCAGCAUGGAGAAGCCUCUGCUUGGCCAAAUGGGAAAGGGAAGAGAGCUCAACUCCCCACACUGUUCUACUAGCUACUUGUAGAAAUGGAUGUAAUUACUCAAUUUUGUAGAUUUAAACAAUGAUCUAAGAUUCGUAAUUUACAUUUUAAUUGAAGAAUGCUCCGGAGGAAAUAACAGUUUGUAGUCUCUCUGGGAUGAGAAAUAUAGUUUAAUUACUAAAACGUGACCACCAACCGAGUGUUUGGUGAAUUGUAACAUCACCAUCAGAUUAGUGUAACAAUUGAAUAAAACUGGGUGGUUGUAUUUGAACCCCCCAAAUUCGCUAA